UAUCAUUUAUCGAUAUCGUGCUGUGUGAAUAAUUGCGAAGUGUUCUUUCGAAGCGCUAUAGUCGCAUUAGUUUACAUCAUGGUUGCCCUACGAUCGCUCGCAGUUGUCAACGCUAAUUAAUUUGCAUAAUGUCUAAUAAAGGAGCUACUAAGAAAACUGAACUUAAAGAUGAAGUUAAAAUACGUACACGAUCAAGAUCAAAAGUUCUAUCAGGCAAGGAAAGUGAUGCAGAAACAACGAAAAAAUUGGAGUCUAAUCUUCCAAGAAAAUCUCAUACUAUUGAGCACAGAGGAGAUGGAGAUAGAUCAAAACUGUUACAGAAUUCCAUCACAAAUAGAAUACAAUCAACUAGAAAUAUUAGUAAACCAUCUAUUGGAUCUUCUCAGAUUAAGACUGUCAAGCAAAGUUCUUCAUCCUCAAUAUUGAAAUCUAGUCCACAUAAUGCUUCAUCUAGUCACUUAUUAACGAAAAAGAAUACAAGUUCUAAGACGAAAUCCGAAAAUGCUAUUAAAUUAAAUGAUGAUAGUACAGUCAAGAAGAGGAAAUCUAGAGAGCAAACGGGAUAUUCAGAAAAAAGAGGCCUUAGUACAGUAUAUAUGUCAAAGCCAGUUGCGAGCAAGCUUAAUAUUAAAUCUAACGAAAAGACUGUGCAUCGAACAUCAAGAGAUAAAGAAAAAUUGCAAGAUUCUUCUGUACUUGAUCAAGCUAAAUCACAAUUGUCAUCCAGAGAGCGUAGGAAAUCCAGAACAUUAAGUCCCAGUGAAGUAAGAAUGCUGCAUAGUGUUGUAAAGAGACCGGAAAUAGCAGAAAAGAUAGAGCAAAAGAAAAAUAUCACAACAGAUCCAUCUGAUCAUCCUGAUGCACAAGCAGAUUCGGAUCAGGCAGACUAUGAUUAUGAGGACGAUUUUGAGGAUUAUGAGUCGGACUUUCAAGAAUGCACCGACAGCGAUCCUUCCUUAAUUAGCGAAAAGUCAGAUAGCAGUGAAAGCAGUUCCCAUCUAGAACCUAUCGAACUGCGUUCUCGAGAAAAGAAGAACACGGAACAUACGAAAGUCGAAGAAGAACGUAUGCUCGAUUCGGGACACUACGAUCUCGCGGAAGCGAGAAAACGGGCGGCACGGGUAGAAUCUAUGCUCGUAAAUCAAUCCAACACGCCGCCUUUACCUGAAUUAAGAGAACCAGUUGGCAAAACGUUUAGUGAUGACAGACCGGUAGAAAAUAAAUCUUUGCCGUCAUCUACCGAUGAAGGUUUCGAGGAUAGUCGCUCCGGAGACUUUAUUAGAUCUCCGCCAUUGUCGCAAAUACCAUUUAUCGAUUUUCGUAAAUCGAAAGAAAAUCAAGGCGAAGAGAAUUUAAGAAAACUUCGAAGCCGAGGUGAGGAAUUAUUGGAAAUGAUAAAACUGGAUUUUAUGGAAUGGUCGCUCUUAGAGUGCAAUCCCAUACCUUAUGAUGAAUUUAUAAGAAAUUAUGGGAAACUAAAUACUCAACAAGUAUGUACACAAACUGGCGAUGAUAAUAUGGACAUCGAAAUACAAACGGACGAAGUACAUAGUAAGAAUAAAUGGACACAAUUUCCUAUAAUCUGUAGAAAAGAAUUACGUGACAAACGGGACAUAAACUUAUUCAGAAUGGAACAAAAUGGUGUCGGAAACGAUUUGGAUGAGCUAGAUGAUACAAAUUUUACAUUACGGCCAUCAUAUGAUGUAUUACAGUUGAAUGAUUUUCUUAAUCGCGCGGGCGCAGUUGUACUAUCCUUACUGGAAGAGAAAAAACACGGUGGUACCGUUUUUCAAAACAAUGUAGACGGAUUAUCGUUUAGUGAUGGUUUUGUGAAACUCUCUGUAGAUUCAGUGACGUUCUUAGCUACUAGACCGGUUAAAAUUAUACACUAUUCGAACGUUUCCAAUAAGAUUCUGCUCACUAUACACGCUUCUGUAGAAGAGGAGAUAGAAACCAUAAGCAAACAGGAUUACAUCACCGAUUGUUGCAUUGGAUGCGUUUGGAACAUUUCCGAACCUUCGAUGCCGAAGAAAUUAUUCUAUUCGCAAAGCUCCAUUACCGCUUGUUGUUUUCAUUUAACGAAUUGCGACAUAGUGUUCGCCGGACUUGAGGAUGGGUCCCUGAGUCUCUGGGAUCUGAAGGAUGAUGAGAUGUGGCAUCAGAAAAUUACUGAUAAAGCUAACGAGUUGGAUUGGGUGAUAAGAACCCCCACUUAUACGACAACAGGAAUUACGGAGUUAGAUGCACACACAUCGCAAGUUGUCGCGAUACGUGUGCAAUCUAAGACCGUUUCUGCUAAAAAAAGUGGCAAUAAGUUUGUCCCUAUCCAGAUAUGUAGUUUAGAUGAGGAUGGUUAUCUCAUAAUAUGGAGUAUUGUACAUAAUAUGGGUAUAAAUAUCGAUGACUUGGGACUCUCUCACUGGGGUAACAUAAGACUUGUAAAGAAUCAGAAAAUGUCUUUAACAGGAAGAGACAAGGAGAUAAUGAAUACGUUUAUUGAUAUGCAUGUGGACAGCGCGAGUACAAAUAAUAUUUAUGUCGUGACUAACAGCACUAAUGUUUUGCAUGCUACUUAUAUCGGUAACAAAACUAAUCCAUUAAUGUACAAACCAACUGAAAUAAGUGAAUGUGGUAGUUCAACUUGCAUCGACACCUGUCCUUUUGGUCAAUCAUUUUUCUGGAUCGGUUGCAACGACGGAACAAUUCGACUUCAUUACUUGAAUACGGAAAAACCGAUCGUACAAUUAAAAAAUGAACAAUGUAUGAACAAAAUUAAAAUUUUGCAAUGGUCAAAGACGAAACCUCUGACUAUAUAUAUCCUGGACAAUAAUUCUCGAAUUCAUAUAUGGGACUUAAGUAAGAAUGACACCAGUCCAGUACAUAUGUUGUCUAUGCAAAAGGAGGGAAAGAUAAACAGUAUGCAGCUGUCUCCUUGCAUAAUAGAUCAAGAUAUGAUGAAUCAAUACUUGGCCUUUGGCACCGAAUCUGGUAAUGUAGAGGUACACAAACUGAAAAAAGAUUUCUACUAUUCGAAAAAAGAAGAAUUUUUACAAGAAUUGAACGUGUUUUCGCGAUAUGUUUCGGUUCCAUAAAUAAGAACAAAUAUGGACUCGUGAAAAGAAAAUAUAGAAGGGCACUAAUAGAAGAGAAAGAUCUCUUAGAAUUACAAUUAUUAUUAAUACUUUUAAAGAAUUGGAUAUAUUUAUGGAUUUUAUACUUCCAAUAUAUACGUGCGCUUAAAAUGUAGAUGAUUUAGAUAUUAGAUAUCCGGUAAGUAUCAUUUCAAUACAAGUUGAAAUUCGCAUUUUUAAUAUUUUGAUAUUUUUAACCAAGAGACAAUCUCGCAUAUUUCCGAAUUAAUUAUACAAGUAUGUACUAGUAAUCUUUAGUAAUUUCUGAUGAAAUUAAACUUUUCUAAUGUGUGCAUUGAAGCACGUUUGAAAACAAUUAGAAUUUUGUACACUCUAUGGAAGCUAGUUGAAUAAUGAGUGAGAUUUUUGCACAUGUAUCUUUCUUUAUCGCAAUUCCAUCCAGAGAAAAUAAGUACCGUCCAGUGUAGAUAAUAGUAUUUAUAACACAUUUAUAUAUAUACAUAUAUAUACAUUUAUUUAUUAGUAUUGUACAAAAAAUAUAAAUAUAAGAGAAAGGAUAAAAAUGAAAUAAUAAAAUUAUAUUGUUGAGAUAUAUGUAACAUUUUAUACAUAGUCUAAAUGAUUUGAUGUCAUGUUUUUUUCAUUACAAAUAAUUUAUUAUUGAUAGUACCAUUGAAAAAAAGUGAUGAUUCUAUCUAUAAAAAUAAGUUAAAAAUGGAAUAAAAUUUUUUCACAUUUUAUUUUUGAGAAAAUUUAUUUUAAAAAUUGGACAGUUAAUAACGUCUUAUUAUUUUUGAGCUUGGAUUCCCAAUUACUUUUCAAUAUAAAAAUAAACAUAUAAUUUAUAAAUAUAUUAUACAAAGAAUAUAUUUAAAUUAUAUAUUUAGAUUAUAUAUUUUCUUUCAAGACUGGUCUUAUAUAUAAUAGUGGUCUUAUAAUCAGACCACUAAAAGAAUAUGUAUUUCUUAGAAUUUUAUAUUAAUAAUUGCAUUAUUGAAUCCACCAACAUACAACAUG